AUGUUCUUGCGAUUUGGUUAUUCUGCCACCUCUCUCCGUACUUUGACGACGUCAUACUUCUCCCCGCGAACUCUUCUUCCUUCACGUCACUACACCAUGUCUUCAGCUACUUCUUUCUAUGAUUUCGAGCCCGUCGAUAAGAAGGGCACCCCCUUCCCUCUCGCCUCACUCUCUGGCAAGGUCGUUCUGGUCGUGAACACCGCCUCUAAGUGCGGCUUCACCCCUCAGUUCGAAGGUCUCGAGAAGCUCUACCAGAACCUGAAGACCAAAUACCCCGAAGAUUUCACCGUCAUCGGUUUCCCAUGCAACCAGUUCGGCAGCCAGGAUCCCGGCUCCGACGAUGAGAUCCAGUCCUUCUGUCAACUCAACUACGGUGUCUCGUUCCCCGUACUUGGAAAACUCGAUGUGAACGGUGACAACGCCGCGCCCGUCUGGACUUUCAUGAAGGAGCAGCAGCCUGGUCUGCUGGGCCUCAAGCGUGUCAAGUGGAACUUCGAGAAGUUCCUGAUCUCCGCUGACGGAAAGGUGACCUCUCGCUGGGCUAGCACCACCAAGCCCGAGGGCCUGGAGGAUACUAUUGUCAAGGAGAUCGAGAAGGCCAAGAAGGCUGGCACCCUUGCCUCGCAGCAGGGUGGCGCCGAGCAGGCUAAGCUCUCUUAG